UUCUCCGUGCGUCAGAGUGCUCCGCACGUCAGCUCCUCCGCACGUCAAAGUCGUCCGCACAUAAGCUUCUCCGUGCGUCAAAGAACUCCGCACGUCGGCUUUUCCGUAUAUAAGCUUCUUCGUGCGUCAGAGUCCUCCGCAUAUAAGCUUCUCCGUGCAUCAGAGACCUCCGCACAUCAGCUUCUCCGCACGUCUGAAUCCUCCGCACAUAAGCUUCUCCAUGCGUCAGAGUCCUCCACACAUCAGCUCAUCCAAAUAACAUACAUCGUCGAAUAUCCUAAUUGGGACGUUAAACGCAAUAAAUUUCUGAUACAAUUAUAUAAUUUAAUGCAAUGCCCAUUACAAAAAUUUACUAAUGCACAUUAACGAUAUAUCAGCGCAUGUUAGAGCUAAAGUUUUUACGAAUAUGGCAACACAGCGUCAUAAUUAAAAAUGCCGGAAUUCCUUUUAACUUUCUUCAUUUCUAUAAUUGGUUAUAUAGCAUUAAAACAAACGAUAUUUCUUGACAUCGAUGUUUACAAUAACAUGAAAUACCGUCAAGAAUUACCAUAAUGUAGAAGGAAAGGAAGAGCCCUUUUACGAAUUGUAAUGACCACCGCAUCAAAACGUAUAAAUUAAAUACGCUUGCCACCCAAACGUUGAAGUGUUUAAGAAGCGCGGCAGCCAGCAGCAGAAGCCUGACGAAGAUUUUCAGUUAUUUGAAAUAUCGUGGUGUACUGCAUGCGAAACCCAAGUGGUCCUUAACGGCCAGCAUGGAAAAUUAGUUUCUAACGAAGAAGACACCGACACGGGUGAAUAUCCAAAGAAAUUACCAGUAGUGGAAAAUAAAGAAGAUAUUAACGAUGAAUUCCAUGAAUUAAUUUCGAAAACAGAAAGUCCCCGUAAGCCAAGCAGAACAGAGCUUCUCAUAGGUAACAUCCUGUUACAUCAGUCUGUACCUAAGUUCAAAACCAUCAUCAAUGGCUCUAAUGAAGAUUAUGGAUCUAAUUUUAAUAGCUCCUUUGGGAUCAUAAAAAAGUACAAAGAUAAAUAAUACACCUUUUUCAUCAAUACAUUUUUUCCGUCGCGGAAGGAUUACCAUUACUAUCUUGUACGUGUUUGAGGUAUUAAAGUACAUAGAUCGCUUUUUGCAUAACUUUCCGCACACAUAAAUAUUUUCGUGAAAACUAAGCCUCCUAGAAACAAUAUUUGUGUAAACGUUACGUCUUUUUGACACACCAGCUACCCCAAAAAGUAUUUGGGAAAAUUCGUCAGUAAAUCAUUUAUCUGCAGUUGCGGCGGCCGAGUCUACGAAAAAGCAAGAAAUGCUUUGUUUUGAAAACCUCAGAGAGUCCACGCCCGUUACCAUUGCAACAACAGAGCUCUAGACAUCGUCAUGCAACCGUAGGCAGCUAAUGUACAUCCAUUUACACCAGAUAAAAUAUGAACAGCUCGAAGUGUGUCACAAAAAUGUAACAUAAGCGAAUUAAUGUAAACAACGACUGCACACUUUAAGGUCUGGAUUAUGUAACUUGCGAUAUUGUUGUCUGAGGUCGAAUUCUAGCAAAACAGAAAAACAAAGAAACAUGGUUAUGCAAAUACAAGUGAAUGAACAAUGCUAUGUUAAUGAGUGCAAAUUCACCCAAACAUGUAUGUCCAAAGAAAGAAUAAAAUAUUGAAUGAAAGUGUAUGUACUUAAAACCAAACUAUUUAUAUUUAACUUAAUAACAAUAAUAAAUACCAUAUUUAUAUUUAAUUUUAUGUCACUCGUAUAUGUUUAGAUUUAAAUAUGUCUGUUUUCAAUGAAAAAUUCCAUUGUGUCCUCUCACGACUUCUAUGGGACUACCCGAAGUUGUGGCGUCCGCGGGGUCCACAAUUCGGCCUGUUCGAGGAACUGGCCGAAAAAGUAAGCCAGGAGAUGGAGGAGCAAGUGUCCGCGGAAAAAGUAAAAAGCACAUUAAGAGCAAUCAGGAACCGUCUGGAACGACUGGAUAAAGGAUUGUCCGCCUCAAUGAAAACUGACGCAUACCUAUGGUAUGCGCGAGAACUUCAAUAUUGGCGGGCUGUUGAGGUAUUGCAGAACGCCGAGUUGAUGCAGAAAAAACGACGGCUCGAAGAGAGCCCUGAAACCGUAGGCAUCGACCUGGCUGAUGCCGCCCCGUUAAAAACAAAGGCAGAAACGAACGACUCCGCUCAAGCUGAUUUCGGGUCGUUCAAAGAGGAAGUCAUGGAACCAAUCCAGGAGGAUAACGACGGACCGUCCACUUCUGCGACGGCCGCGCAUGCGCUGAAAAAACAGCGGCGCGACGCGAGCCCUGAAGCUGUAGGCAUCGACCUGGCUAAUGCAGCCCCGUCAAAAACAAAGGCAGAAACGAACCACUGCGCACCAGUUGAUUUCGGGUCGUUCAAAGAGGAAGUCAUGGAAUCAAUCCAGGAGGAUAGCGACGGGCCAUCCACUUCUGCGGCGGCCGCGCAUGCGCAGAAAACACAGUGGCGCGACGCGAGCCCUGAAGCCAUAGGCAUCUACCUGGCUAAUGCCGCUCC